AUGGCAUUUCGGUUACUCGAUCCCGAAGAACUCUUCGAUGUUGUUACAGAGUCAGUCACGGGCGAUGUCUCCAGUCCGACCACGCAUAAGCACUGGCCAGAACGUUUCCCUAGAUCUAGCCAAGAUCUGAUGAAUCUUUGUUCUCGAGUGCUAACAGUCCGAGCGGACGGCAGCGUUGACUUCAGGCACCCAGAUUCGAUGCGGUCCUUCUUGACCGAAUCUCGAUUCCUUGAUCGCGAUGGCGGUGAUGAACCAAUUGCUCGCAUGUGUCUCCGAUAUCUGAACAACGCCGCUGACUGGUGCAUCUUCAAACCGUGGAAGAAAAUCCGUGACCGGUCAAUUCGAUCAUCAGUCGGGCCGUUCUUCAAGUACGCUUUCGCGAACUGGCAUCGGCAUUGUCAGAAGGCACAGAACUCAUCUAACGAUCUUGCAGCACAACUCCACAAGAAGCUCGAGACCGAUGUGAUCUCUUGCUUUCAAGACGAUGGCUUUCUACACAUCGAGCUCAAGAAGUUGACCCUCCAACUUGGACUCAACUUGUGUAGAAAUUACAGGUUUGACUUUUUGCAUGGGAUCUACAGCCAGAUGGGUGCGGAUGAUUGUUCGAUGCCCGCCGUGAUUGUGCCAUUUCCCAGCGGAGAAGACUCCCGCCUCCUACAGGAGCUUGAGGUUUUCUCCGAGCACGGUAUGCAGAAUGGAACCGAGUGGCCGGCGUGCCAGGUGGACGCACAUCGCGGAGCCGCCGCCGAUGCAGCUGAGGUGGAAGCAAGCUCCGUGGACGGCUUGACCGAUUGUGAGAGCGCCCUCGAAGAAUCGUGGGGAUCUAUUCCCUAUGGCGAACAGGCUGACCAUUGGGUCCUGGAUUUUGAUGAAUUACGACUAGUUGACGACAGUGUAACCCUACAUCGAUUGAACCGCAAGGGUCGUGACAGUGACUGGCAGAUGGUUGAUAGAGGUGGUGGAGCUGGGUCCUGA